AUGCCACCAAAGCGGGGUCUUAGCCCCCAGCUAGUCGGUAAUCCAUUCAUCAAGAAGGAGAAUUUAGAAUGGACUUUCGAUCUUUCCCGUCCAUCCCGGGACAGUGAUGAAGAUGGUAACUCCGAUGAAAUAAAUAAUCACGGAUCCGGGGCGGAGGAAGAGGAACCAAAGGCUUCGGCUGUAGAGGCGGGCAAGGCUAAGAUCGAGGACCAUCUCGGUUACUUUAGCGGGAUCCUAGCGAAAGCUAUACCGUCGCCUUUCCUGUCGGAUAUACCAAGACUAUCUAUCGGAGCCUACAAGAAGCUUUAUGAGCAAAAUUCGGAUAAUCCGCGUGGCGCCCAUUUCAUCGUGCAUCAGCAUGAUCAUCCUGUUGCGGGCACACAUUACGAUCUCCGGUUACAGAUCAACGAGACAAGUAGCGUGUCCUGGGCUAUCAUGUAUGGGCUCCCAGGUGAUCCAAAUAGCAAACGAUUAAAUACGAACGCCACUGAGACAAGAAUCCACUGUCUAUGGAAUCAUCUUAUAGAAACAGCCUCAAUAUCGACUGGGUCACUUCUCAUAUGGGAUACGGGGACGUACACUAUUCUCCCGUCGCGAGAGAAUAGUAGACGCACUAACUGGAACUCACAAUCUGACGAGGAAGAUGAGUCGCCCGGGCUCACGGAGCAGGAUAAACUCCAUCAGGCAUUCCAGAAACGAAAGAUCCGUAUCCGUCUCAACGGUACAUGCUUACCGAAUAACUAUGUGCUAAACCUACGGCUCACCAAGGAAGAGGACGUAGCCGGUCGCGCUAAGAACAAACGCACACCCAGUCGGCGACGGAGGCGAGGAGCUCCAGCACAAGGUAGAAGCUCGGCCAGGGGUAAAGGGAAGGGCAAGGCAGUCGAGCCAGAAACAAGCUCGGACUCAGACUCAGGCGGAGAGCCCGCAGGGAACGAAGAGUCGGAAAUUGUAAACGCGCCCGCCGAGGAGGCAGACCUAGAAGCCGUCUCGGCAAUGGAGCGGGAGAUUCGAGAGCUCGAAGAUGAACAGGUACGCCGCACAAACGCAUAUUCAGGGGCGGAAAAUUCGAUAGGUAGCGUGUAUCAGCGACGGUGGUACUUGUCGCUCGACAGGGAAGCUUGCGGGUUUGUGAAGCGCCGGAGAGCAGGGCGAAUGAUAUGGGAAGCCAAAGAUGUUGAUAAAGGGAAGUAUGUUAACGAGCACGGGAAUCGACUCACCUUCCCGUUCUACGUCCGUGGUAUCGAGGUCGAGAGGAGCGUUGUGACGGGUCGGACCGGUGCUGACGUUUUAAAGGAUGAAGGUGUUGUUGGGCACGCUGGACGGAAGGGCUGGCGGCCUGUGUUGAAUUGA